UUUGUCAGCUGCGAGGGCACGACAUCAGUGGUGCAACUUCUUCAACAGCGCCAACAAGAACACUUCGGUAGGACAAGGAUUCUUCCUUAGGUCGGCUCCAGAAAACUAGACUUUACUUCUUUCAACGCUCCUAUAAUUCCUAACGACCUGAGCAUUGCAAAUUUGCUCGAGUUUGCAAUGACAAGCUCUCGUAAUCGACAGAAGACUGCUCUUCUGGUGUUUUUGGUCAGUUUUGUCUUCAAUCCGUGUCAUUGCCUUCCGGUAGAACAGUUCUACCCAUUCGGUAGUUUGACGAAUGACAGAAGAGUGCCUACAAAUGAUGAUGGCAGUUCUGGCUGGGUCAGCAUUACUAUGCCAUUUCCAUUCUUCGACAACUACCACGACAGGCUCUAUGUUAAUACCAACGGCGUGGUGUCUUUUCUGAUACAAGUGUCGAAAUUUACUCCCGACCCCUUCCCCCUGGGAAACAACGAACGUCUGCUUACUGCGUUCUGGGCAGAUGUCGAUACGACGAAAGGUGGUAAGGUUUGGUACAGAGAAACAACCGACCAAGCAAUACUUGAAAAGGCGACCAACGACAUCAGGCAGACGUUUGUGAAACAGUUCAACUUCGUUGCCACGUGGGCUUUUAUUGCAACAUGGGAUCGAGUUGCCUUUUUUGGAGCGAGUGGUUUAAACAGAAACAGAACAAACACAUUCCAGGCGAUCUUGAUAUCAAAUGGCCGACAUUCCUUUGUCAGGUACAACUACGACUCUAUCGUCUGGACAACGGGAACUGCUAGUGGUGGUGACGCACAGGGACUUGGAGGCACUCCUGCUCAGUGUGGAUUCAACGCUGGUGAUGGCAUACGAUAUUUUACGAUUCCUGGAUCAAGAACAGACGCUAUUCGCAAUCUUACCAAAACGUCAAACGUUGCAAUGCCAGGGGUGUGGAUGUUCCGUAUUGAUAAUUUUGACAUUGAAGGAGGAGGGUGCAACGUCAGAGGAUCUCUUAGCAUCUCUCCCAGCUUCGGCUCCAUGUUAGGAGGAGAUAACAUACUCGUAGCUGGUCCAUGUUUCCAACCAUAUGACCGCAUUAUAUGCAAAUUCGACGGCGAAAAAGAGACCAAAGGAACCUAUAUCAAUGCCAUACGAGCAUUCUGUGCUGUUCCCAUGGCAAACAAGACUGGUAGAGUACCCUUAAGGGUUUCCCGUAACAACGGUGGGAGCUUCGACUUCCAUGGACUAUUCACUUACGUCCCAAUCACCAAGGUCAUCCCGCGGGUUACCCGCAACAGUCCUGAUACUUGGGUGGAAGGCGUAAACGUUGAGAUAACCUGGGAUAGUGGACUGCUCGGUAACUCGUCCCAAAUGGUUUCAGUACAAGUAUCAAGAUAUGUGAAAAACGACGAUGACAUUCGGUUCCACAGUCACUAUACUGUUAUCAGUACGCGCCCAAACGAUGGCAGGUGUAUCAUUAAUGUGCCUCCUGGACAAGGUGAAGGAGACGAGGAUGGAAGGUUCAUUACCCUAGUCAGGGUCGUACAAGAGCCAUUGUGCCAGACCCAUUAUCGCGCCGCGUGGAUCUGGAGUGAUGUUUUCAUGUGGUUGAACUUUAACAGUGCCGGGGUUCGAUGUAAAAAUUGGGCCAAUAAUGAACCAAACCCUAGACAGUUUACAGAGGAUACGACUUUCCUUGCAUGUCCUCGGAACCUCCUUCAAGCCAUGGCAGACCGGGGAAGGUACACCGAAGAUGAAUUUUGUCACACGAAAAACGAAGAUGGCUGCGCUAUGUAUCACCGAGGAGCUAAACUUUGUAUAAGGACCAUUACUCCGAGUGAUCAAGGAGCUGGUCAACAGUGUUGCUACAAUCACCAAGGUAACCUCAUGCUUAAAUUUGGUAGCGCGGGAAGUCUGGACCGAGUACAUGUCGACAAAGGGAUUCCAUACAUCAGCCAUUUUUUCCACGACAUUGUUCCAUAUUUGGACUGCUGUUUUUUGUCAAGUGGUGCAAGCUGUCGGAACUAUUAUAUAAAACGACCAUCCGACAAUGGACAAUACUAUGAACCACCCCGACCCGCCACUGCUUUUGGCGAUCCCCACAUGAUCACGCUCGAUGGAGUGGAAUACACUUUUAACGGCUACGGUGAAUUUAAAAUACUCAAUGUUCCGCUCUGCGACUUCACGCUACAGGGAAGAAUGGAACCACUGACUCGCCGCGAUAUGGGCACAGUGUACACUGCUUUUGCAACCAAAGAGAAUGGGUCCCACACUGUACAGAUUCAACUCAAUGGAAGAGGAAUGGUUGAUGUUCUCUUAAACGGUGAAAUGGCGGAACUUGAACAGGAAGGGAUCACAGAGUUCACGGGGGUAUCCAUACUGAAGUACGCUAACUUGACUAAAUACUCAGUGAUAUUUCACUCGGGGAUAUCAGUUACCUUGACUGGAACUCCUCAUCUACUUCAGAUGAUACUACUCGUACCACAGAAGUUCAAAGGCAACACAAGUGGUCUCCUUGGUUACUGGGAUGACGACAAGGAAAAGGAUUUCCUUCUUCCAGAUGGUACAUUCAUGGAAACGAAUUCCAGCGCAAGAAAAAUUCACUACGAUUUUGCUGCAAAAUGGGAAACAAAGGCAUUCGAAUCACUCUUCAAGUACCAUCAAGGAAAGGACCACUCGUCCUACUCUCGUCCCUCCUACCAACCCACCUUUAUCAACAAAGACGACAUCAAUUUUAAUAACUAUGACCUCGAGAGACAGGCGCGGGCUGCCUGUGGUGGGAAUGUUCAGUGUCUGUUUGACAUUAGUGUGACAAAGAAGGUUGACAUCGGAGUGGCUUCCCGCCAAACGUACUCUGAGUUUUCAGCUAUUUUGAGUGCUACUACUAAGAAAGCUUGCAUUCCAAUCUAUCCAAAUAUCCCGGGUGCAGUUGUGAACAGAAAUGACACUCCUGAUGGCAAGAUCACAUACCAAAUCACAUGUAGCAAGGAUUACCACAUGAAAGGCUCGGGGGAUCUGUCCUGUAAAGAUGGCGAGUGGAAUGGAACUGUGCCCACAUGUGCAAAGGAAGAUAGUCGUCUCACAACCUACCUCAUUGCGGGUGCAGUCGUUGUCGUAGUACUCAUAAUAAUAGCUGUCCUCAUAUAUAUUUACUGUAAAAAGUCAAGCAGCAAGACAACUAACCCAAAUACCACGGUACAAGAGAUGAACAGCAAGCCCAGCGAUGUGCAACAGCGACCUAAUCAUGUCUUGUCUUUUACCAAUAACGUAGCGUGAAGAAUAUGCGCAUGCGCUAUUGCUGAUGAUUGCUGACCAGAACAUACGCAGGCUCUUUAGAACUCAAAGUCCAAAUAAUGGCUUGUAGGAACUAGAAACAUAAGAUGUAGUUGCAUUGCUGUAUAGUAUAGUACUUAGGGAAAAGAAAAAUCAUAUCCAUGUCAGCCUCGUAUUAUAUGCACGAUACGUUUGGGAAGGGUCCAUUUUGUGGGUAGAUGGACCCGGAUAUACGUCACUGAUAACUUAAAAGCUUUGGGAUCGUUAGAGGGUGGUGUAUUUUAGUAUUGUAUUCGUAUUUGUACUUUUCUUCUUUUUUUAAAAAUAUAUAUCAUAUAUUCCUCUUUUACUCCGACGAAGGACUAGCGUCCGAAACGUCAGUAAAUUUUUUUGAUCUUUUAACGGUGUAUAAUUUACCUUUUUAUCAUUCUUACUGUUUCAUUAGAAACACCGACGCAGCUCACACUAGUUUUAGUAGUUAGUUAUCUCUUCUUAUACACCUAUUUCAAAAAACAUUGUCAUCGUGAUUGAUGGUGAUGUGAUAAUUAUGGUUUCGUCGAAUACAAAGGCAUCAAAUCAGUCUCAACACUAAGGUCCAUGUUCUUGACGAGAAUAAGAAGCAGAAACACAAGUCAUUCCAGCUAUUCUUGGAUCUUGGAAUGACCUAUCUCCUAUCGCUUUGCGCCUAUCGCUUAUUGCCUAUCGCCUUUGGCGAUGACAACGUUUAUUGAAAUAGGUGUAUAUUCACAUAUGUUUUAUGGCUGUUUAUUUAAGCUUAUCUUUGUUAAUAUAGUUAUCUUGUAUUGGUCUUUUUAUAUUGUCAUCAUUUUAUAGGACCCUAAUGUAAAACACGCUUGUGACUGAGGCAUUCCCAACUCGAUCAUUAUUAUAUGUGUGUCUUUUGCUAAAA